AGGGGAGGGGUGGGGGCGAGAGGUAAAUAGUCUUAAAUCGGAAGGGAGCUGCUUCUCUGUGGUCUUGACAAGCGCUGCCUGGGCUCCGCCGGCUCAGUAAUAACUGAGUGACCUUUUCUUUGGCUGUAUUAUGUCUGGCUGGGAAGGGAUUGCAUUUUGCUGCUGAGAGCCGGGGCUUCUUCAGCUCGGCUCCUCGCACGCUGCUGGGGUAAGUUGUCUUGAGCCCGGACGGAGAGAGACAGCCUUGGACUGCAGUUGCCUAAAAGGAGAACACCUGUGGCUCAGAUGCGGUCAACACCAUUACUUGGCGGAUCCUUGAGGACCUCAUUAUUUUAAACUUAAAAAAUAGAGAUUCCCUCCCCCCUCUUUUUUUUUUUUUCAAACAAUGCUUCUUUUUGACCUUUCCCAAGGAGAAGCGCUACAAAGCAGCCACUGUGCUUACUGAACGGCCUCCCCCUGUAUCGCUUAAUUGAGAAGGUAUACAAAUGCUCUCAGUUCAGCCAGACACCAAGCCGAAAGGUUGUGCUGGCUGCAACCGAAAGAUCAAGGACCGGUAUCUUCUAAAGGCACUGGACAAAUACUGGCAUGAGGACUGCCUGAAGUGUGCCUGCUGCGACUGUCGAUUGGGAGAGGUGGGCUCCACCCUGUACACUAAAGCUAAUCUUAUCCUUUGUCGCAGAGACUACCUGAGGCUUUUUGGUGUAACAGGAAACUGUGCUGCCUGUAGCAAGCUCAUUCCUGCCUUUGAGAUGGUGAUGCGUGCUAAGGACAAUGUCUACCACCUGGACUGCUUUGCCUGUCAGCUCUGUAACCAGAGAUUUUGUGUUGGAGACAAAUUUUUCCUAAAGAAUAACAUGAUCCUUUGCCAGACGGACUACGAGGAAGGUUUAAUGAAAGAAGGUUAUGCACCCCAGCCCUGGUGUCUCUUAGCUUGUUACCUGAUGUUCCAGAAGGACAGCUCCAAUGGAGCUUGGAUUUCUCAAGACGGAAAGCUCCCUUCCCUAACAUUCAUCUCCAACUGGCUGCUUACAAUGAAGGACCAGUCAUCUCCACUCCACCAGCGUGCUUACUGAGCUUAAAAGCUGACCUGUGUUUGUAAUUUCACUUUCAUCUUGCUUAAUAAAUAUCUGCUGGAUUCUUUCA